GAUCACGUGCUCGUGGUUUUAAAAUUCGCGCGCCUUCAAGCCGUAACUGUUAGACUAGUAUCACACAAGGGAGGAAACGAAAAUUGAGAGCGCGCCGUUGGCCGUCCGUACACUACCGUGUAGAACAGUUUCGGUUGGGUUCGUUGGUCUCUCGCGAAUAUGCUGUAUAGCAUAAAAUACUUACAGAAUCCCCCUUGCGCGUAGAGAAGCUCUAUAUAUACAUGUGUUGAAAGGUAUACGACGUCAGAUGUGAAGAACACUAUCCUCCAAGAGAGAAAUGAAUGUCAUGGACGGCGGCAGUCUUGCUCUGCAGCGCAGGUAAAAAGAACCUUUUCCUCCGGCUUCUCUCCUCCCCCUAUUCGUUUCGAAAACGUAUUCUGGAUGACGAGGGUUCUUAUGGCUCGCGUCUACAGAGUGCACAACUACUAAUGUAUGACCGUUCCGUGGUAGGUCGGAUACACUAUUCUACGCAGAGCACUGGACAUGCGAGCGAGAAUGAAAACGCAACAAGAAAGAACGCGGGGAAUAACAUAAACGGUGUGUUUCUCCGCAUCUUCAUCCCUUCUGUAUCUUCUGUAUCCCUGACCUGAUGCAGAGAACACAGAAUGGGAUAAGACCGUGAAAGAGUGGAGUGGCUAGUUGUAGAGGACCGGAAUACGCGCAUAGCACAUCGUUAUACUAAACCAUUUUGUGAAGUAGAAGAGUGGCAUCUAAAUUCUAGGCGAAAGUUCAAGCGAAAUGUGUAUCUCUGAGUGAAAUUCAGCGUAAUACCUGGUUGUGAAACGAAUAGUGCAUUUGAUAACGUGAUUUAAAUAGUAACCGGGCCCAUCGAUAGGGAUCAACAGCCGCCAGAAUGUUCGUCGCAAUCAAAUCCUCCUGUGUCAAUCCCAAAAACCUGUUCUGCUUUGUUUGCGGGAGCUACACUGCGUCGCAUCACAAACGCUCAAUCAUGACCAAACCAAUCAUGGAGGCGUACGAGGCCUACUUCGCCACCCGCACUCACAAGGAAGAUUACAUCCAUGGACCGUCCUCGGUGUGCAACGAUUGCAAUCAGGGUCUACUGCGAUGGAAAAACGGUUCAUAUGCAAGGCCUCCGUUGCCCUUCUCCGCGCCAAUGAUUUGGAAAGCACCUAGUAACCAUAUCGACGAUUGCUACUACUGCCUAACGCAGAUCAUGGGAGAUGGAAAGAAGAAGAUGGCAUGCUAUCCUAACAGCAUCCCAUCGGCCAUCCGACCCGUGCCAUGCGAACUAGAUCCAACCCCACUAGCAUCCCCCACAUCUCCACCGCUUGUCGUGAAGAAGACCUCCCAAUUGAUGGAUCCCCAGAAACCACUGCCUACCCAGAAUUGGUCCGUCAGCGUCAAAAAAGUCAAAAUGGACCAACAACAACAGCCCCAACAGCAAAUUCCCACAAUACCCCUGGUGCCACCGCUGCUCCCGAAAUUCACCGUAAAUUUCCAGCCACCCUCGGUCAAACCGCACUCCUCGCAGUUCCAACAACAACGACAGCCGGCACCAGCACCGGUGGUAAAGCAACAACGCGUACGAGUACGCACCGAAGCCAUGCUGAACCAACAGGUGCACAUUCCACCGUUAAACCUGCAGGUGGCACCGGUGCAAAUGCCUGUGCGGCAGAAUCGACCAAGUUUGCCAAACCGCCAGCACGUCAUGCACACCCCACCGUCGCCGGUUGUAAACAGCAAACCGUCCGUGGAUAGACGAUCCUUCUGUGAACCACUCACUCCGAUUGGUAAGUAUUCCCAUUCCCAACCUCAUAAAUCUACCUAG